AUGAACCACAGCGAUGCAGGUUUGGACUGUGAGUCCACACAGAUGCUGCGCUACCUCAGUAAAGAGGAGGCUGUAUCCAUGGAAACUGAGUUGCUGGGGGACUAUCGAUUUGGGCAGCAACAACUAAUGGAAAUUUUGGGGCAAGCUUGUGCUGUUGCUAUUACUAAGGCAUUUCCACUCAGCACCCUGAGUAAGAAGCAGCCCACUAUACUGGUGGUUUGUGGGCCAGACUGGAACGGUUGUGUCGGCCUGGUGUGUGCACGAUAUUUGAGAGUGUUUGAGUACAUACCCACCGUGUUCUACCCAAAACGCACCCCUAACAGCCCUUACCUGGACUUUGCUGUACAGUGUGAGAAAAUGGACAUCCCUUUCCUGUCCUACCUGCCCACAGAGGUGCAGCUUAUUAAUGAUGCAUAUAACUUGGUGGUGGAUGCAUUGUUGGGUCCAGAGACAGGGCUGGAAGCAGCAAAAGAGCUCUUUCCCAGCAUCCUGCUCACUCUCCAGGGGGUCAAAAUCCCAAUCACCAGCCUGGACAUCCCCUCAGGUUGGGAUCCUGAUGAAUCAAACACAGAUGGAAUCAGUCCUGUUGUUCUUAUCUCUCUCAUGGCACCAAAAACAUGUGCACUUAGUUUCUCUGGAACACAUUUCCUUGCUGGACGUUUUCUGCCCUAUGAUAUUCAGAAAAAAUAUGAUCUUAACCUGCCAAAGUUUCCCAGUACAGACUGCAUUACAGAGCUCCACUUCUGAACCUGUUCAUUAUUAGGAAUGAAUUGUCAAUUUUAGAAAUUGCAGUUUUAGGUACUGCGGCUAGCUUGUAAG